AUGAAGAAGAUGUCGUUGAAGGCCCUCAUCGCUCCGUCGCUCCUCUCGGGUGAUUUCGCUCGGCUCGCGGAGGAGGCCCAGGCCAUGAAGGACGCCGGUGCGGACUGGCUCCACAUGGAUGUCAUGGAUGGACAUUUUGUGCCGAACCUAACCAUCGGCCCGCCCGUCAUCCAGUCCCUCCGCAAGCACACCGACAUGUUCAUGGACUGCCAUUUGAUGGUGUCCCAGCCCGAGAAGUGGGUGGACGACUUCCACAAGGCCGGUGCGAGCUCCAUCACCUUCCACAUCGAGACCGUCGAGGACCCGGCCGAGUUCAUCAAGAAGGUGAAGUCGACGGGCAUGCGGGUGGGCAUCGCCCUCAAGCCCAGCACCAAGCUCGAGACCAUCCUCCCCUACGUCAAGGACGUCGACAUGGUGCUGGUGAUGACCGUGGAGCCCGGCUUCGGCGGUCAGGAGUUCAUGGCCGACCAGAUGUCCAAGGUUCGCGAGCUCCGGGCGCAGUACCCGACGCUCGACAUUGAAGUCGACGGCGGCCUCAACGAGAAGACGAUCGACACCGCUGCGGAGGCGGGUGCCAAUGUGAUCGUCUCUGGUUCGGGCGUGUUCAAGGCGCAGGACAAGAAGGAGGCGAUCGAGGUGCUGCGGCGGGCCGUCAACAAGCACAUCUUCACCAACUGA